AUGAUUGAUGAUGAGGCACCUCCCGACCUGGUCGAUGUAUCUGCACCAACAGAUCAGCCUACUUCUAUAGAGGAAGAGGUGGUUAGUCGAGUUCCUAUAACCUUAGUCACAGGCUACCUGGGAGCGGGCAAAACCACUCUAUUGAAUUACAUUUUGACAGAAAAGCAUGGCAAAAAGAUUGCCGUGAUCAUGAAUGAAUUUGGUGAUUCAACGGACAUCGAAAAGCCCUUGACAGUUAAUGAAGGUGGACAGGAAGUAACUGAAUGGAUGGAAGUCGGCAACGGCUGCAUCUGCUGCUCUGUCAAAGACUCUGGCGUCAUGGCUCUGGAAUCCCUAAUGGAGCGCCGCGGCAACUUUGACUACAUCCUUCUCGAAACAACCGGGCUCGCUGAUCCAGGAAAUAUUGCCCCUGUAUUCUGGAUGGAUGAAGGCCUUGGUAGCUCAAUAUAUUUAGAUGGAAUUGUCACACUAGUCGAUGCGAAGAACAUCCUGCGUCUACUCGACGAGCCGGCCCCCGAAGAAAAGGCCGAUACUCACAAAGAACACAGCCACCACGGCUCUGGACCUGUUCUUUCCAUGGCGCAUAUGCAGAUCUCGCAUGCCGAUGUGAUUAUUCUUAACAAAACAGAUCUAGUAACGCCGGAUGAACUGGAUGUCGCCCGUAACCGCAUCACAUCCAUCAACAGCUUAGCUAAGAUUCAUGUCACAGACCACAGUCGCACACCACAGAUCGAGGGCGUUGUUUUGGACUUGCAUGCCUACGACCAUUUGGCGAACUUGGACUUUACUAAAAAGGGGCAUAGUCAUAUGGACCCGGCUAUUUCCACCAUUGCUCUUCUCACGCCUCCAAUCCCAGUGAGCAAAGUGCCUCAAGUCGAUGCUUGGCUGCGCUCGGUGCUUUGGGAAUCAAAUUUACCUGUACCCAGUAAUUCACUAUCGAAAUCCCAACCUACUGAUUUCGAAAUUCAUCGUCUCAAAGGGAUUCUUGCACUUGAUGAUGGAUCAAGGAAGAUUAUCCAGGCUGUUCGGGAUAUGUUUGAGAUCAGGGACUCAGAACCAUCUCAGGGUGAUGAGCCACUGACUGUCCAGUGCAAGAUUGUACUGAUUGGAAGAGGAUUGGGAUCGAGUGUUGAUCCAUGGCAAGAGAGUUUCGAAUCCUUUGUAAAGGAGCAAUGA